AAUCAUGACCUAUAUAGCCUUCUAACUUGCCGAGCAAAAAUCUAUAUCAAUGGUCGUGUGGUCAGAUACGUGGGUAUCAACACCAACGACCAUUAUUCGAAUCUCACUUGCUUCAGUACUGGUGGUUUCUGUUGGAGUUAAGUAUUUAAACAAGCGUAUCGCCGUUCUAGUUCUAGCGAUGCAUAACUUCAAUGCGAAACCAUACAACAGUACAGAGGAAAUGAGAAAACUCUCCUCCAAGCGAAUGAAGCUCAACUGGUUGGGGUAUCCCACCAACAGAGUGCGCCACCAUCUUUUUCGCUAUUUUUAGAAUGCAUGAGUCGUUUGCCGUCUGCUAAACGAAGUCUUUCUAUAUUCCGUUUAGGUAGAGAACUUGAGUCGUUUAGAAGCCGUUUAGUGGUCGUUUAGUGGAUUUGUGGCACUUGGGCACUUUCAUGAAAAAUAAUAAUGAUGUUUAUUUGUGCUUGGGCAGUGGACAAAGCAAGCCCGAAACCGCUCAUAGCGAAGAAAAGACACUCUGGCUCUGUUGUUGCAAGUGAAAGAUACCCUGUAAACAGCGCAACAUUUUGACAGCUGUUUAUUUAAAAUCAAACAAUCACACGGAGCACCGCGUAAAGUAUUUCAGGAAAUCCAGCCGAUACGGCAUAGUGAAAUAAUUAUCAGCUCUACUCAACAUUCUAUUCAACUAAGUCGUUCCUUAGGAUGAACCUUGAAACACGUAAAACUGAUUCGCCUACUUUCAAAUGCCUUAUCGAAAGGCUACCACCAGAGAUUAUGUACAAUAUCUUCGACUAUCUGGACCAUGAAUCACGAAAAUCGGCAUCCCUCGCAUGUCGUCGUUGGGAGCAAAUCUACUCAAACUAUUGCACCAAACGAUUCGCGCUGUGCAAUUACGAGACCUUGCGUUUUGGUCUGCACUUCUUUACAAGUCGUGUAUGUAAAGACGCGGCCAGUAUGUUGAAGCACACUCAACGGCCGUAUCACAAAGUGCAUCUUCAUUUGUUUUUCGGUGCUAAUGCCUUGAUGCCCGUAGACGAUGAAGUUGCCACAGUACUUAGUGAGUUGUUCAAGCCGCGCUGGUUGCAGCAGUUGGUCGUACUGAAGCUCGGAAUGCGUGUGUAUCCGGAGAAAUUUACCGUAGAGCUAUCGGAUGCGGUGGCAAAGAUGGACCAUCUGCAAGAGCUGGACCUUAGCUUGAUGAGAUGCACCAAAGACUGGCCACUGUUCAGCCAGUUGAAACUGAAGAACGCCACACUGGAUAAGUUGAAGGUCCAUGGCGUUUGGUCCGGUGUAAUUGAUUGUCCUAAUCUGCGGUCGCUGGAGUUGGAGUUUCCGUUGCAUAACGAAUACAAGCAAUAUUUACUGCAUCAAGGAGAAGAACCUUGCUGGAGUAUGAAGCAGCUACAAGAGCUCUGCAUUCGUGGUGGUCUCUCGUUCCGUGAACAAGAGAACAAGGUUGUAGACCUGUCUACGGGCAUGGAACAGUUUUGUAAGCUGAUGCCUCAAAUUAAAAGGUUAUACUUUGAUGACUUUAUUGUAUCGGAGAGGCUGCUGCGCAUUAUCUGCGAGUCGUUUGUCCACCUGGAAAGCCUGAUGCUUCACAUCUUGAAAAUGGACGACCCGAACGCGUUGCGCCAUCUAGAGAAACUGCCCAAUCUGCGUGACUUUGGUAUUUGGGACAUCGCUGGGAGCCACGCAAUGUCGUUUGCUUCCGUCUGUUUGCCCAAGCUUGAAAAGCUGUUACUAGGCUGGUUGAAGUACGACUACGAGAGGAUGCCUAAACUUCAUCCGAUGGGAAAGACUAGCUUCAGAUGGAGGUUGAUUAGGUCAUCACCAGUGAUUGACGAUAUUGAUAAAAGUUUGAAGCAUUUGCGGUUCUUAUGGGUUGAUUUACAUCUUAUUAAUGAUCAUCUCUUGACUAAAUUCUCCCAGAUCUCAACGCUGGAAACGCUUGUCCUAGAGAACGUUGACCAGAAGGAAAGUGUACUGGCUGUGCCAUUCUUGAAGCAGCUUAAGCGAUUAGUAUUGUAUUGUUGUGAAGAUUUCGAUCCCUCUACGAUCAAGGGAGUUUUUGCAAAACGAGUGCCAAACGUAAAAUCAAUUAAAGUUAUUUUCAAAACUCCGUCGUAUGGCAAGCUGUGUAUGGAUUACAGUAAUGAAGCAGUACAAAAGGUCAAUUAUUUUCCAUCGCCCAUGAUAGAGUAAAGCUCAAAGCAAGUGCCUUUUUAUUGAAAUUGUGCAUGUGAUAAACUACCACUUGGUAAUGCGAAAUGAAGAAUUUUAGAACUAAGAAUGAAAGAAUUAAAAAAAGAAAAUACAGAAAAAUUAGUUUAUACUGUU